AUGUCAAGGGAUGAUUCACAGACACCACUACUUAAACAAGGCAAUGAACCAUCACAGACAGGGAAGAAUAAAUACCUACCUACCGAUGCUAUCUCUCCGCCUACAACAAAGAAGAAACCUAUCAGAUCAUCAUCUACUGGCUUGAACAAAUCAAAUACAUCUUCCACCACAACAGGGGCCCAAAGAACUUCACGUACUACACAGAAACUGAAACUGUUACCUGAGGAACCAUUUAAUGAUAAGAGGAAGCAACCCAAUGGCGAUAAUACAGUGUAUUCUCAGGUGAAUCGAAUUACGGAUAUGCCUGCCAGGAAGGAUGCAGAGAAGUUGGGGAAAGCUCAUCGACAUCUGUUACCACGUGCUACAGGGUAUUGUACCGCUAGUAGCUAUAAUAUGAGAGAUUUAAUCCGAUGGUUGAGAGAUAGUCGUAAGAUCCAUCAUACACAUCCCAAGUUAUUUGAUGAAUGUCUUUACACUCCCUUUGUUUAUAACGAUUGGAGAGGUGACAGUCGGGAUCAUGAUGCUGCUGAUGACGUUAUAAGAUUAGAUGAUGAAGGUGGUGAGAUUGAUGUUAGUGAUAAGCAUUCCGAAUUAUUUAUCUUUGAAUACGGGGUAGUUGUCAUGUGGGGGUUUACGGAAAGAGAAGAGAAAUGUUUCUUAACAGACUUGGAACGAUUUGAAAAGGAGAAAUUGGCAGAUGAAGACAUCCAAGUGGAGGAAUUCAAUUAUUAUGUGACCAAGAGUUAUCAGCCACGUAUUUAUAAUGAUUUUAUUACAUUAAGAGAUGGUUCGAAUUACAUGGUUAAAUUAUCAAUAUCUCAUGCAAUUGCACAAAGUGUCAAGAUUUCUUUAUUUGAAGAAUUGGUGGAUAAUACCAUUGAAGACACACAGGAUAUACCGCAGGAGAUUGCUUCCAGUGGUAAAGUUUCGAUGAGCAAAGAAGAUAUAAUGAAAAGUAUUGGUGAAUUGUUUAUCCUUAGGAUUAAUAUUAAUUUACAUGGAUCUGUGUUGGAUUCUCCUGAGAUUAUGUGGUCAGAACCUCAAUUGGAACCCAUUUAUCAAGCUACAAGAGGAUAUUUAGAGAUAAAUCAACGUGUGGCAUUACUAAAUCAAAGGUUGGAAGUCAUUUCUGAUCUUUUACAGAUGUUGAAGGAACAAUUGGGGCAUUCACAUGAAGAAUACUUGGAAUUUAUUGUAAUAAUAUUAGUCGGAGUUGAAGUGCUUAUAUCUGUAAUUAACAUUGCAGUAGACAUGUUUGCUAACAAAUCUUAA